AUGUACUGCAUAGGGUACAAUGGGGAUAAAGGCACCCCUAAAGAGAACGCAGAUGGGGUAAAAGGCCUGUUGGAGGAGCUGGACGCAAUUCAAACUCGUGUGCUGGAAAUGGAGGAUGAAGAGCAGUAUGAAGCAGACCGACAGUUCCCAUACCGCCCUCAGGCAGGAUUGUCCUACAGUAUGAGCCAUGAGGAUAGAAUAGAUGCUGACAAGAGAUCCGUCUAUGUGGGCAACGUGGAUUAUGGAGCAACAGCAGAUGAAUUGGAGAUAUACUUUAAUGUAUGUGGCCAUGUGAACAGAGUUACAAUCCCGUAUAACAGAUUUACAGGCCAUCCAAAAGGUUUUGCUUACAUUGAGUUCUCAGAGAGAGAUUCGGUGCGGACCGCCAUGACUUUAGAUGAAACACCAUUCAGAGGGCGUGUCCUUAAGGUAUUGCCAAAAAGAACGAAUAUUCCAGGUUUCAGGACUACAGACAGGUUCUUGCGUGGAGGCUGGCCCAGAGGGCGAGGUUUCCGUGCACCAAGAUUUUACAGUCCAUUCAGAAGCUGCCAAUUCAUUAGGGAAAAUGGAAGAGCUCAUCCUUGGAUUGAUUCUUUUUGA